GCCCGCCUCAGCCGCCGUAAUAGAGCUUUGCGCACGCGCAGCGGGAACCGUGAAGAAGGUGAAGAUGGCGGCGGCCAGGACGGGGGUCCUGAGAGUCCUGGGAGUACGAUGGCUGCAAAGAGCAGCCCGGAACGUGGGGCCGUUAGGUGCACGGACAGCCUCCCACAUGACGAAGGAUAUGCUCCCGGGGGCCUAUCCUAGGACGCCAGAAGAACGGGCCGCCGCCGCCAAGAAGUAUAAUAUGCGUGUAGAAGACUACGAGCCUUACCCAGACGAUGGCAUGGGGUAUGGUGACUAUCCAAAGCUCCCUAACCGUUCACAGCACGAGAGGGAUCCAUGGUAUGACUGGGACCACUCAGACCUGAGGUUGAACUGGGGUGAACCGAUACACUGGGACCUAGACAUGUAUAUCAGGAACCGUGUGGACACGUCACCCACACCUGUUUCUUGGAAUGUCAUGUGUAAGCAACUCUUCGGCUUUGUGGCCUUCAUGGUUUUCAUGUUCUGGGUUGGGGAGAUGUACCCCACCUACCAACCUGUGGGGCCAAAGCAGUAUCCUUAUAAUAAUUUAUACCUGGAACGAGGGGGUGAUCCUACCAAAGAACCUGAGCCAGUGGUUCACUAUGAGAUCUGAAGAGGCUUCAUGGGCUUUUGUGCUAACCAGGACUCCCUCUUUCCUGGAAAUUUGACCCUAUUGAAAUCCCUAAUAAAAUUUAGUGCUGUGGUA